CAAUCCCGGCGUUGGGCAAGCGUGGCCUGGCAUCCGCAGCUCAGGAGGCUCGCGCGGCGGUGGGGGGGGGUGAAGGCGGAAGUGGCGGCGCCGGGUCCGGGAGUGGAAAGGAGCUGAGGCUGCAGCCCGAGAGGAGCGGCUGCCAGCCGAGGAGCAGGCGCGGCCGCGGCGCCAUAUUGCGGCCCUCAGCGGUCGCCACCGAGCCAUGGCCGAGACCUACGACUUCCUCUUCAAAUUCCUGGUGAUUGGCAGUGCUGGAACUGGCAAAUCAUGUCUCCUCCAUCAGUUCAUUGAGAAUAAGUUUAAACAGGACUCCAACCACACCAUCGGCGUGGAGUUUGGAUCCAGGGUGGUCAACGUUGGGGGGAAGACUGUGAAGUUACAGAUUUGGGACACUGCUGGCCAGGAGCGGUUUCGGUCGGUGACGCGGAGUUAUUACCGAGGGGCAGCUGGAGCCCUGCUGGUGUACGACAUCACCAGCCGAGAGACAUACAACUCGCUAGCUGCAUGGCUGACUGAUGCCCGAACGCUGGCCAGCCCCAACAUCGUGGUCAUCCUGUGUGGCAACAAGAAGGACCUGGAUCCUGAGCGUGAGGUUACUUUCCUCGAGGCCUCCCGCUUUGCCCAGGAGAAUGAGCUGAUGUUCCUGGAGACCAGCGCUCUCACGGGUGAGAACGUGGAAGAAGCCUUCCUGAAGUGCGCGCGCACCAUCCUCAAUAAGAUCGACUCAGGUGAACUAGACCCCGAGAGGAUGGGCUCAGGAAUUCAGUACGGUGAUGUAUCCCUUCGACAGCUGCGGCAGCCUCGCAGCGCCCAGGCCGUGGCCCCUCAGCCCUGUGGCUGCUGAGACCUGCAGAGCCAGCUCACCUGUUCUCCUGGACCAGCCCUGCCCGAAGGCUGGGGCCCAGAACCAGGCCCCAAAAGGCUAGGCCCCAAUCUGCCCCAGCCCCAGAAAAGCUGGCCCAUCACCCAUCCCUUCCCUGGCCUGGUGGGGCCUGGCUUUGGGGCAAGAUUGAGCCAGAGGGGAAGGGGGAACCCAUACCUGCUGCUGUGUCCUCUGACUUGGCUAAUUCUAUUCCUCCUGAGCCCCUAACCAUACCUGAAGAACUCCCAGAGCUCGAGACCAGGGCCUCCUGGCCCCUCCUUCCUGCCUGGCCCUGCUGUUGCAAGUCUGUGUUAUUUAUUACCUGGAGGCCUGCUCCAUUCUGUCCCGGCCCUCCAUAAAGCAUCGUUUACACCUGU